ACCAGGUAGCAAGCGCACGAGACGGGAGCCCAAUCUGCGAUCCGCUCCGAGCCAAGCCCUGCCUGCGAUGGCGCUGCCGUCGAGCGCCUCCUCGGCGCGGCUGCGGCUGCUCACGUUGCCGGCGUUGCUCCUGCUGCUCUCCUCCGCCGCGCUGCUGAUCUUCCUCGUCCUCCCCUCGCUCUCCCCCUCCUCUUCCUCCACUUCCGCGAACCUCUGCGCCUGCUCGCCGCCCGCCACCACCCACACCACCACCACCGUCACCACCACCGCCUUCCGCGCGCCCGUCACCACCUCCCCCGCCGACGUCGCAUGGCUCAAGUCCCAGGUCGCGUCCAACUCCCUCCUCGCCGACGGCGCCGAGGCGUCUCACGACGCUUGGCACCGCCUGCGCAAGGGCAUCAACCCCCGCACCCGCGAGCAGCAGCUCUUCGACAUCAACAGGCACCAUGGGAUCUCUCACUAUCCGGACAAAGAAGCAAGCAACCACACCUCGCUGCCUUGCCCGGGUGAGCUCCUUGUCGAAGAGCACCACAGCAACUACGGUGAGCCGUGGGCCGGUGGCCGUGAUAUUUUCGAGUUCCUUGCUAAUGCCUCCGCCCUCACGCCCACGCACCAGGUUCUUGAAAUUGGAUGUGGGACGCUUCGGGUUGGUCUGCAUUUCAUUCGGUAUCUCGAGGCUGGGAGGUUCCACUGCCUCGAGCGUGACGAGCUGUCUCUCAUGGCUGCGCUUCGGUAUGAACUGCCAGCGCAGGGCUUGCUGUAUAAGAGGCCAAUGAUUGUGAGAGAGGAGGAUAUGGAUUUCAGCAAGUUCGGGGAUACGGUUAUGUAUGAUCUCAUUUAUGCAAGCGCUGUGUUCCUCCAUAUUCCAGAUAAACUUGUUUGGACUGGGCUUGAGAGGCUUGCAGGGAAGCUGAGGCCGCAGAGAGGUCGGAUUUUUGUGUCGCAUAACAUUAAAUUUUGCUCAAGAUUCGGUGGUGAUGAGUGCACACGGCGGCUUGCGAAAUUGGGGCUUGAAUAUGUGGGGAAGCACACUCAUGAUAGUUUGUUGUUUAACCACUACGAGAUCUGGUUUGAAUUCCAAAGGCCAAAAGUUUAGAUCUUGAUGCUUGAUUGUACAGGAAGAUAGACUGAGGUUUGGCUUCUAUUUUAGCUGUUUUGGCGGUUUUAAGCACAGAGCAAGUCACGCCUUGUACUUUUGUACACUAAUGGGACUUGACAUCAGAUUGAGACCAUUGCUUGCUCUGGGAUUAAUUCAAGCAUGUGCACCAAAAGUCAUGAUUGAGAGACACUGUGGUGCUUAAGGCUUCCAAGUUACAUUAGGUGAAUGGUGGUUGAAGGCUCCAGCUUUAGUUAGCACUAAUCAUUGGAUGUAGUGUAACUUUAGCAAUGUUUCUGGUAGAAUUUUUUUGGUAGCUGGCGUCAAACUCUAGGAUAGUUUCUCUUGGUGUGGUGACUAAGUACACUGCUUUUCAAUUAUGGUUGUUUACAUCUCAAAGUUAGGAUAGUUUCAGUUACAUGUCAAUUACCAUAGUUUUCGUGCUGGUCAUCGGAUUUUCAUAUGUGUUUGUUAGCAAUAUAUUUCAGUUACCUGUUUACCUUUCUUGUUGGUAACAAAGAUUAAUGUGAAUCAAUUCUAGGAUGAACCUCUGGUUCCCUUAUCGUAUGUCGAGUGAUGUUCAACAGUUACCCAGUUAUCGUUAGUGUUUUCAGCUAUAACUUUUAAUCAGUGUGCUCAGUUCCGUAUGCUCAGGUCAAGACCGUAGAUUUUUCUUAUUUAGAUAUUCCAUAUGGUUUAAGACGUGCUUUAUCAACCAAUGAUGGUGAUUUAUAAUUUAUAUUCAUGUAUGGUGUAAGCAUCUGAUGAGUGAUGAGCGAUGACUUAUGUGCAUCACAGGAUUCACGACUCUGUUACCAAAUACCAUAGUGUGCCAAAACUGCAAAGUUUCUGUUUUCUAGAAUUCAUGUCCAUCUGUCUCACAGAUGUCCAUUUCCUGUAAUAAUUUAGAGACUUUUUACCAUCCUCGGAAGGUAUCAAGAGGUACCAUUAAAUUAUACCACGAGAGGUACCAAAUUUUGGUGUAGAGCGUAACUUAACGGUACCUCCCAAGCACAGUAAAAGCACUUAGGAUCAACCAUCGGAUGCUUAUCAGUCAAUUUUCUAACAAGUCAUUUAUCAGUCAAUUAGUAAAAAAAGAUGCUCGUGUCUAAUUAAGCAUCAUCAUUCAUGGGAGCUAUUGCAACCUGAAAAUGAUUUGUCCAUUUUGAGAGGAUCAACCAUCAUUUCGGCCCAGCAUAUGCCUUCCCUUCAUGAUUUAUGUGUUUGCUUUGAUUUCAGUUACGAUUUAGUGAGAUUCUGGCAGGUGGACUGCCUGGUCCAAGCUGUCAAUUUCUGGUUUAAUUCCUGUAUCGUGGGCCUAGUAAGUACUGUUCAUUGGGUCCAUCUUCUGAAGAGUACGUACACCAGACUCCUUGAAUGUUCCUGCGUUCUGGCAUUGCCCUUCCUACCUGCCCGUUCAGUUACAGUAGUUCAUAUUAAGAGGUGUUUCGUUUCUAAUCUUUGCGCAAUUCUGGUGCUUCAGACCUGUCCUGUACCCAGUAUUACUGUUGGACUUUUUUUAUCUGACGGUUGUAGGGAUAUCUCUGGAUAGGAGAUGGAUUUAAUAUAGUCAUCUAGUUUUUUAGUGUUUGGU